GAGAGAACUUUCAAGUCAAUGGGAACCGCAAAGCGCGAGAAAUGGAACUGCCGCACAUGCAGAACUCGCGAAAGUAGGUUAAGCCUUGAAGCAGGAGUCGAGGCAGCAUCGCCACCCGACGAAGGUUCAGUUUCCACGCAACUAGGACAAAUAAACAGAAAACUUGAGCUGCUGUACACCUUGAAGGCCAAUGUAGAUCGGCUCUGCGACCUUCCCGCUAAAGUGGAUGACCUUCUUUCUUUGAAGCCAUCCGUAGAGGCGAUGAAAGAAACGAUAAAGGGCCUACAAGAAUCGGUGAAGAAGUAUGAAUCAAUGAUGGAACUCGUCACUGCAAACGAUAAGGAGGUGACGUUACUUCGAACCGAAGUCGGUGUACUUCAGAAUACGGUGACAGAUCAAACCGCCAUGAUUGAACAGCUCCAUGCGAACAUCAAUUCAACCGAACAAUACAGUAGAAGAUGCAAUAUGGAGAUUCACGGUAUUCCGCUCACAAGAAGCGAAGAUCUGAGGGCCACCAUGCAGGACCUCGCAGAAAAACUGGGUAUUGGGAGCCAUACCCCUGCCGAUGUGGUAGCCUGCCACCGCCUGCGAUCGCGGCGCGAAGGGGAAGCCCCGAUUCUGGUUCAAUUCACUUCAGUCUCAGUAAAAGAACAAUGGAUGGGUGCUCGCAAGAAGUUAGUCACUCUCCCUCGAUCCGAAAACCAACAUAAAAUAUACCUUAACGACAACCUAACUCGGUCAAACAAAGAACUCUUCUGGCAAGCUCGAACCAAGGGCAGAGAAAAAUCUUACCGAUUUGUAUGGGUUAAGAACGGUACCAUUUUUGCU